AAGUCAGUUUUUAUGUCGGAUAUACAGAAUAUACAAAUAAUGUAAUUAAAAAAUCAUGCUCCUGCGGAAAAGCGGUGAGGUCAAAGUCACGUGGCAUCUGCAGCCAAUUACCGUGAUGAAUUCUUCCUACUUCUAAGCGCGUGUUGCCUCCGUUCUUCGACGUCAACUCGAGAGUUCAGUGAAGAAACGAGCCGAAGAAAUGGCGGAUCGAGAGGUGCAGAGUCAGAUUUCUUCGAGUGGGAUACGAAUCCGAAACGAAGAAAACGAAGAAAUUAUUAUAUCAGAAGCUCAGUUAAAUAAAGUUCUGAACAGGCAAUUGGAACUUCUCAUUACAUAUGUUGAAAGUUCGAAAGUACUGUUUAUGCCGUAUCGAAUCGAGACCAUCAGACAAUUCGUUAAUUAUGUACAGACGGACGAUCCCGGAUUGACAUCUAUUACACACGCAUUCGAUCUCUAUAAAUUGAGUUUAAGAUACGAGUUAGAUAAUUUAAGACUGAAAUGCAGAUCAUUUAUCAUCCAGCAAAUAAAUCUUCAUACCGUCUGUGCAAUCCACGAUUUUGCACGUGAGAUCGGUGAUCUGCUCAUAACUUACUAUUGCUGGCAAGCUUUCGACAAACACGGAGAAAGACUAUUUGCAACAGUCGACUUUAUGUGCUGUAAAAUUGCAACAAUUGAUAGACUGCUAUCUCGAGCGAUAUAUGAAUCUGUCAGUGAAGUGCGUUUAUUCGAAGCCGUGUAUGACUGGAGCAUAGAAGAAAUUAAAAGAAAAUUGGGUGCCUGCUGCUUCCUUUCGAUGAAUGAAAAAUCGAAAAGAAAUGAAAUAAGAAAUGUUAUGAAUCUAUUUAUUGGAAAAGUCAGAUUUCUUGCCAUGAAUGAAAACGAAUUGCAACGUUUUGUUUUUAAAAUGAACUUGUUAAGCGAAUUAGAAAAAAGUCAUAUCUGGCAUGCUUUUAAGUAUAAUUAUUAUUCCUUGUAUCCCAGUUACUUCAGUCGAGAAACAAAAACCAGAAGCAGAAAAAAUUAUUAUAGCUUUUUCUCAUACAUAAAUCGUGGAGAUCCUUUUAUGGUCGCAAACAGAAAUAUGAAAGAUCACAGAUAUUUUAGCAGCGAAGUAGUUGUGAGGGAAGAUUGUUACGUUACGGCUCUUCGAUUUCCGAUUAAGCUUCGCGAAUGUUUUUCAAUGUUCGUAUACGGGUAUAUUAAUAAGAAUUUGGACAACGAACAGUUUUCGUUUGAAACCGUUUGCAAUUCAGACGGAGUAGCAUAUCUGCAAACGACUUUGUAUCUAGAAAAAUCUUGGAAAAUUCGUUUCUUUGCUUACUUUUUCCGAGCUGAAAAUGUCCAACCCGAUAUCGAGUUUUUACCUGAACUGAGUUACUUUGUGAGCGACGAGGAAACAGAUGCUAGGAAAUUUGAAGACAAAAUUUUAACCUGUGACAGAAACCUUAUGAAUAAUAUUUACUUUUCGGUUGAUUUAUAUUUUUGAAGUCAAAAGUUUUCCUGGAAACAAGUGAAAUUCAAACGAGAAUAUAAAGUUUAUUCGAAUAUGAUUAUUUCUUACUGUAUCAAUGUAAAAUUUCCGCAAAACGUGUGUGUACGUGAACGGGAUAACGAAUUUUAUUGGGUUUACAAAAAACAAAAUUUUAAUUUAAAGUGCCUAUUAAUGUAAUUUUUUCUGAAAAAAUAUAUUGUCAUUAUUUGUGUUUUUUUUAAUUCAAAAUUCAGUAUAAGCAAAUAUAUCAUCAUCAAGAACGUUUAUAAUUGUCAGUAUUUUUAUGAUACAUACGUGAGUGAUUUUACUUUUUAUUGUAGUAGAUGUCCGAGAAAUAAAUAUAAUUACAAUCUUACAGCAUUAAUCUUUUCAUAUUCUUAUCGUCAUUAACAUGAAGGAAGAAAAGUUAAGACUAGAAUUUUUGUCUAAAUGUAAAAGCUAUUCG